CUCGCGAGCGUCGGUGGAAGGAGCCCUUUCCGCUAAGCCCCGCAGACCGAGAGGGAAAAGCAAAGCAAAAGCGAAGCCUGCUCGACUUCUACAGGAGACUCCUGAGCAACUCCACUCGCGUCCGCCACGGUUUCGCUCCUGACUCUUCUCCGUCCGCGGUGACUGCAAACCGUCCUGCUGUGUAUCUAAUGCUGCGUUCUGAGGAAGAGCCGCUGAGGAAGGCGCGUGCUGAGAUGUCCUGCAGCUUGUUGCCCCGGCUGAGACUCCCAUAAUUCAAUCAGGUGCUUGGCUUUGCCGUCAGAUGUGCCAUUGUGUGGACUAAGUCAGGCCAUCAGUGUGGAGUAGCGGAGGACGGAGUGCAGCGGGCGUGUGUGGCAGGCAGAGUUUUGGCUGGAGACGCACACACACCUCAUGCCUUGGUUGUUAGAGCAGAUUGCUGAAGGCUCUUUGAUGGCCCGUCUGCUGAUGCUGCUUCUUCUUCUUCUGCUGGGAUUCAGCUCUAACUUCGCUUAUGCGAACGUGCUGGACACAAUGUUGUUGAGGAAUUCUGGGAAGGUGACACUGGAUAGUCGAAAGGAGGACAGUAAGAGCUCAGUGCCUGUGGUUCCUGAGAGGACACUGUGGUGCCACUGUUACCACCACUGUCCAGAGGACUCUGUCAACAACACCUGCAGAACUGAUGGCUACUGUUUCACCAUGGUUGAGGAGGAAGAAAGCAGCCCCCCAAUACUCACCUCAGGCUGUUUGGGGUUGGUGGGCUCUGAAUUUCAGUGCAGGGAUACGGGGAGCUCUCGUUUGAGGAGGGCGCUGGAGUGCUGUACCGACCAGGACUACUGCAACCGAGACCUCCAUCCAACCCUGCCUCCAAUUAAUACCCCUAACUAUGUGGACAACAGCAUCCACCAGAUGGCUCUGUUCAUCUCUGUAGCAGUGUGCAGCAUUAUCCUCAUCUUUAUCAUUGUGUUCUGUUACUUCAGGUACAAGCGUCAAGAGCUGCAGCCCCGGUAUACAAUUGGCCUGGAGCAGGACGAGACGUACAUCCCUCCAGGGGAGUCUCUGAAGGACCUGAUUGAUCAGUCGCAGAGUUCUGGCAGUGGGUCGGGACUCCCCCUGCUGGUGCAGCGCACCAUAGCUAAGCAGAUCCAGAUGGUGAAGCAGAUCGGAAAGGGACGCUAUGGGGAUGUGUGGAUGGGCCGCUGGAGAGGCGAGAGGGUGGCUGUCAAGGUGUUCUUUACCACUGAGGAAGCCAGCUGGUUUCGAGAGACAGAGAUUUACCAGACUGUCCUCAUGAGGCAUGAGAAUAUACUAGGCUUCAUCGCAGCAGACAUAAAGGGAACAGGUUCAUGGACACAGCUCUAUCUGAUCACGGACUACCACGAGAAUGGCUCUCUCUACGACUACCUCAAAUCCACCACGCUGGAUACACGGGCACUGCUGCGCCUGGCGUACUCCGCUGUCUCAGGGCUUUGCCACCUGCACACCGAGAUCUUCGGCACACAGGGCAAACCGGCCAUUGCCCACCGCGACCUCAAGAGUAAGAACAUUCUGGUGAAGAAGAAUGGAACGUGCUGCAUCGCUGACCUCGGCCUAGCUGUCAAAUUCAUCAGUGACACCAAUGAGGUGGACAUUCCUCCUAACACACGAGUGGGCACUAAGCGCUACAUGCCCCCAGAGGUACUGGAUGAAACCCUGAACCGCAACCAUUUUCAGUCCUACAUCAUGGCUGACAUGUACAGCUUUGGCCUGAUCCUGUGGGAAAUUGCCAGAAGAUGUGUGUCAGGAGGAAUUGUGGAGGAGUAUCAGUUGCCUUACCAUGACCAGGUACCCACAGACCCGUCCUAUGAGGAUAUGAGAGACGUGGUGUGUAUAAAGAGACAGCGGCCCUCUUUUGCCAACCGCUGGACCAGCGAUGAGUGCUUGAGGCAGAUGGGCAAGCUGAUGAGUGAAUGCUGGGCACACAACCCAGGCUCUCGCCUCACUGCCCUCAGGGUGAAGAAAACUCUGGCCAAAAUGUCAGAGUCGCAGGAUAUUAAACUGUGAGAGACGCUCAGAACGCUCCAACAUACUCGGAGAGAGGUGGUAGAAGUAGAGACAGCCGUCCUGCUCCUCUCCGCUCCGAGUUGAGCGACAGGCCCCCAGCGGCCCCAUUCUGCUUUCCGUGAAAGCUUCCAGCCAGCAGCGCACAGGAGAGGUUGCGCCCCCUACUGGUGCACACCAGAGAGCGCGCCUCCUUCUCACAUGCUGACACCUAGGACAGAGGGGGCAGAAAACCACCGGCUAUCACACCAUGACGUUCAGCCUUUUAUUUAAUGUCACACCGUUUCCCUAUGACUCUGUUGGCUUUUAACAAAAAUAAUUUUAUUUAAUGCUGUUUUAUCAUUUUUAAUGAAAGGUAAAGAUAUGCUUCAAUGAAAAAGGUUGAAAAAAAAUCUUAAGUGCGUAAAAUAUUUUUCUCUAUUCUUGUCCUUUCCUUCUACUGACGUUAAUGAAAGGGGUACGGCAGAUUUUACAUCACGGUACUUGAAGACGUAAUAUAUCCUUGUGUUUCAUACGAUGGCACACUGUAUAAUCUCUGACAUUUUGAAGACAAAACAGUAACCUCAUUCAGUAACCAGUACACUUUACCACCUACAAUUCUAAUAUCGACUUCCCUUUUCCUUUAAUCCCAUUUCCUUUCAAAACUGUCACUUUCAGGCUUUUCUGAAUAGUGAGAAAUAUAUAGGAUGUGUGAAAUGUCAGGAACCAAUGGCAAUAUGUGGAGCAAAAUCCACAAAAACAUGAUACAUUGCAUAAGGGUGAGCAUGUGGAGAAUAUAUUGCAAGUAAUAAAUAUUAUAUUAAAUACAUGUAAUAUUAUUGUGAUUAGUUUCUGACUUGGUUCUUAAACUGGCAUCUAGUGUAUCAGGAAAACACAUAUAUGGUGAUUUAUUUUUCUCCCAGCGUAUUUGAUUGUUUUUGCCAAAGUUCUGUUCCAAAAUGUAGUGAGUAAUGUGAGCUUCCCCUCUAGUUACUGUUUCUACAGCACAAAGUUCUAAAAAUAUGUUCUGUCCCAUAACACGACUGAAACACAAGGAUACUUAUGUUUGCAAAAAAUAAAAAUAAAAAUGCUGGAUUUAAAAAAAAACCCUACUGUGAGUAACAGUGGAGUCGGUCAGUAUUAUGAAGGUACAGACCACAUGUGCGCUAGUUCAGUGUCAAUGUGUAUCGCGAUGCAGGUUAUUUCGUUUUUAAUUGCCAUAUUUCCAGGCCUCAUGCCUUGAUUGCGGUUAAUUAAAGUAACGAUGCAGACGAGACCUACUGUAGGCAUUUUUGUUACCUUUCGGGCCAUUUGUGUUUGCCUUGUAUAUAACUGUAACCCAAAAUAUGAAUGUAUAUAGUGAUAUUGAAAUGUAUUGUUAAUUAUGGAUUAAGUAAAGUGUUUGUUUUCUUGUGUUCCCCUUAA